AUGGUCGAUUACAGCAAAUGGAAGGAUAUUGAGAUUUCUGAUGAUGAAGAUGAGACGCACCCAAACAUCGACACGCCAUCCUUAUUCCGAUGGCGUCACCAAGCCAGGGUGGAAAGAAUGGAAGAACGGAAGAAAGAAAAACAAGAACAUGAACAACGCAAGGCGGAAAACAUCAGAAAACUCAAUGCAACCAAGAAAAAGAUAGCAGAAGCACCACCAGACACCACAGAUUUAGAAUCUUUAAAGAAAUCUUUAGCCGAGUUAGAACAAGAAGAGAAAACUAUACUAAAGAAAGAGGAAGAACUGAGAAAGAAGGAUAAGACAACACCAUGGAAUGUGGAUACAAUUAGUGAGCCAGGAUUUACCAAAACAGUGAUCAAUACCAAACCGAUGAGGCAAAAAGAAGAAAACCUUACAGAAGAGGAAAAGGAGGCAAGAAUGAAAAUGUUUAUCAACGAGAAUGAGAAACUUUUAAAGAAGUUUGGAAUGUUAAGGAAGUAUGAUGAUUCAAAACUAUUUCUACAACAGCAUAGCCAAUUAGUGUGUGAGGAGACAGCUAAUUAUCUUGUUAUUUGGUGUAUUAAUUUGGAAAUGGAAGAGAAACAUGAAUUAAUGGCUCAUGUGGCGCACCAGACAAUUUGCAUGCAGUUUAUAUUGGAACUCUCUAAACAGUUGGAUGUUGACCCACGAGCAUGUGUUGGAUCUUUCUUUGCAAGGAUUCAAGUCGCCGAAAAAGCAUACAAAGAUUCAUUUGAAGAUGAAUUGGAACAGUUCAAGACAAGAAUCAAGAAGCGUGCUGCAGAGAAGAUUCAAGAAGCCAUCCGUGAACAAGAAGAGGAAGAAAAGAAGGCACGGCUAGGUCCUGGUGGUCUUGAUCCCGUGGAGGUUUAUGAAGAACUGCCUGAUGAACUGAAGAAAUGUUUUGAAGCGCAAGAUGUUCCAAUGCUACAAGCAACCAUAGCAAAGAUGCCUGAACAAGAAGCCAUUUACUACAUGAAGAGGUGCGUAGACGCAGGUCUGUGGGUACCCGGAAAAAAUGAUGAAGAGCCAACAAUGAAGGAAAACAGCAGUCAGGCAGGAAAUGAUAAGGCUGAUACUGAGAAAGAGCCCAUAUACUCCACUACAGAUGAUGUAGACUAA